AUGGCCUUCUGUAUCCCGCGCCCGGCUCUGGCACUAAAAUAUGCACAGAGAGCUUAUUCAUCACAGCGCUCCCUUAAUGAAGUGGUCAUUGCCAGUGCGGUGAGGACCCCAAUUGGGUCAUUCCAGGGCUCCUUGUCAUCUCUUCCUGCUACCAAGCUUGGCUCCAUUGCUAUUAAAGCUGCUGUCGAGAAGGCAGGUAUUUCUGCAGAGGAGGUGAAUGAGGUCUACAUGGGCAAUGUCCUACAGGCCGGGCAGGGGCAAGCACCCACCAGACAGGCCACUCUUGGUGCAGGAUUACAAAUCUCCACUCCCACCACUACCAUAAACAAAGUCUGUGCCUCAGGAAUGAAGUCCGUCAUGCUGGCAGCGCAAUCUCUAAUGUGUGGACACCAGGAAGUCAUGGUGGCUGGAGGGAUGGAGAGCAUGUCUAAUGUUCCUUACUGCAUGAGCAGAGGUGCAACACCAUACGGAGGAGUGAAAUUGGAAGACUUGAUAGUGAAAGAUGGACUAACUGAUGUCUACAAUAAAUUUCACAUGGGAAAUUGUGCAGAAAACACAGCCAAGAAGUUCAAUAUCGGAAGAGAGGACCAAGACAAUUUUGCCAUUAGCUCUUACACCAGAAGCAAAGCAGCCUGGGACUCUGGGCUGUUGGCCAGAGAGAUCACUCCUGUUACUAUUCCACAGAAAGGGAAACCUGAUAUUGUUGUACAAGAGGAUGAAGAGUACAAAAAAGUAGACUUCAGCAAGUUUCCAAAGCUCAAAACUGUCUUCCAGAAAGACCAUGGCACUGUGACAGCAGCCAACGCCAGCACUCUGAAUGACGGGGCAGCAGCUUUGGUUCUCAUGACUUCAGAAGCAGCAAAAAGACUCAAUAUCACACCUCUGGCACGUAUUUUAGCAUUUGCAGACUCUGCAGUAGAGCCAAUCGACUUUCCAAUUGCCCCUGCAUAUGCAAUUCCGAAGGUUCUGUCUGCCUCUGGAAUAAAGAAAAACAAUGUUGCCAUGUGGGAAAUCAAUGAAGCAUUCAGUGUUGUCGUGUUGGCUAAUAUCAAAAUGUUGGAUAUUGACCCUGCGAAAGUUAAUGUCAAUGGAGGAGCAGUCUCUCUUGGGCAUCCCAUUGGGAUGUCUGGGGCCAGAAUUGUUGGACACAUGGCUCAUGCAUUGAAGAAGGGAGAGUUUGGUGUCGCUGGAAUCUGUAAUGGUGGUGGUGGAGCAUCUGCCAUCCUGAUUGAGAAACUGUAG